GACAAUUACAGAUACACACACUCAAAACUCAUGCCGAUGAUGCACUGUGGAACGUGUUCAUUUUAAUUUACUCUCACUUUAUAUUCCCCCCCUGUGAAGUAAUUUCGUAUGUAUCAGGGUGUCGUUUGGUUACAUUCAUAUUCGUUAAUAAUGCGAUAACUAUCAUAUCGGGUCAUAAACAGAAAGAACAACAUCUAAGGAGAUGGAACCAGCUGAGUCUUUGACAGAUGGAACAGACUCACAGACCAAAACAAAUGAUCUGAGUCAAAGGGUUUUGUCCGAGCAGGAGUUGGACAGGCUGAAAGAUGACAGAGUGUUGGUGUCAGAAUUUAAGCAACAAAAACUCGAGAAAGAAGCUCAGAAAAACUGGGACUUGUUUUAUAAACGGAACACUACAAACUUUUUUAAGGAUAGACAUUGGACAACGAGAGAAUUUGAAGAGCUCAAGGCUUGCAGAGAGUUUGAAGCCCAGAAGCUGGUGCUGCUGGAGGCUGGCUGUGGAGUUGGCAAUUGCAUCUUCCCUCUGCUGGAAGAGGACCGCAGCAUCUUUGUGUAUGCCUGUGACUUUUCACCCAGAGCCGUCGAGUUUGUGAAGCAAAACUCCCUUUACUCUCCAGAGAGAUGUCUGGCAUUCCAGUGUGAUUUGACCAAAGAUGACCUGAGAGAUAACAUCCCUGCGGAGAGCGUGGAUGUAGCUACUCUCAUAUUCGUGCUCUCUGCCAUCCAUCCAGACAAGAUGCUGCAAGCGCUCCAGAAUUUGCACGCGGUUCUGAAGCCAGGAGGGGUGGUGUUGUUCAGAGAUUACGGCCUGUAUGACCACGCCAUGCUCAGGUUUAAAACUGGCAACAAGCUUGGGGAGAACUUCUACGUGAGGCAAGAUGGCACACGCUCCUAUUUCUUCUCUAAAGAGAUGCUGGCCAGUCUUUUCCAAGACGCUGGAUUUGAGAGUGUGGUAAAUGAGUACGUUCUACGGGAAACGGUGAACAAAAAAGAGGGUCUUUGUGUACCACGUGUCUUUCUUCAGAGCAAAUUCAGAAGGCCACUAGUGCCAACUAGCCAAGAAUAGUUACCUACAACACCACAAGACUUUCAAUUUGUUCCCCUUGAGUUUUAGUGUUUGUCCAAUUUUAUAUACCCAAUUGUUUUUUGUUAUUGAAAUAAAAUUGUGUCUCUAAAUU